CAAAAUAUCUGGCCUCUGCCCCACCGCCGCGCCGCUGCGGCCCGCCGUCUCGUCGUCGUCCUCGCCGCCCCGCUUCCGCCACGCGGGGCUUCCCCUCCCUCCUCCCCCGCAUGGGCCCUCGCCCUCCGUCUCCACCACAGCCCACGCCGUUGCUGUCGUUUCCGUCUCCGUGCGGCGGGCGGAAGCAAACGGGAGCGUGCUCCUUCAGCGCAGACGGUGACGAGGACGAGGCCGUAGAGGACGACGAUGGAAACGAGAGCAAGGAAGACGAACCCUCGCCAUUCGAUGUGAGGUCUUUACCUUCGGAUGAUCUUCCAGAUGUCAACAAUCAUUUCUCUGAUAGAAAAUUGUCGAUGCUUUACUCAGCUGAACCAAAUAAAAAGCCAGGACAACAUCAACUACUAAUGAAGGGGUGGGAAAAGAAAUCAUUAAAAUCUGCACAAAGCUUGAUACUUUCAAAUGGUUCAGUGAAGGUUGAUGAGGAAAUCAUCUCAAAGAAAACACACUCCAAAGAUCAUCAAUACAACUUAAAUCGAUCUUCCAAAAUGGAGCAUGUUGAUUUAGAGAACACUUCAAAGGUAUUAUCUUUGUCACUGGAGGUGCCUACGAUCAUCUAGAGCUUCAGAGUUAAAUCAUUAACAUUAUAUGGUCAUGAUUUGAUACAUUUCCCAGGCAAAUCAAUUACUUCGAGUGGAGAAUAAUAAUAAGACACAGUUGCAGGCCUUUGGUUCAUAUUCUCCCAUCCCAUUACAACAUUUGAGACUGGAUUAUAUGCAUCAAACUUCAUAAUUAGGAACCCCAGUUAGGAAUGAAAAACAACCUGAAUUCCAGCUUCUUGGAUUAAGCUGGAGAUAAUUGCAUGCUGUAACUAUACAUUCAUCAGAGCAGAAGGAAUUAUCUGAUAUUAGAUGGAAAGCUGCAAGAAAUGUCACAAUGUAUGAUCACCAGGACAAUUGGCCAUCUCUUUGUUAUUUGCAACUAGCAUUAAAAUAUGCAAUGAAAGUUCAACAAUUAGUGAUGUAUGCUAUACCAUCUCAUGUUUCAAACACAACUUUGUUUCUAGUUCAGAUAGUUCACGUCUUUCAUCUAUUACAAUAAAUUAGCCAUUUCUCUUCUAAAUGAACUGACAUCCUGCUUCAGUAUCUACAACGAGAGAGGUGUAUUGCUUCCUUUUAAAGGUGUAGCUGUAUCUUCCUAGGCUUCUCACAGUAACAAAUGGAGAAGCAUUUAUCUUCUGUUGUUGAGUACAGAGCUCAGGGAACCCCCAUUGAUUCAGACACUGUACCAAAUCAUUGAUGGAAUGGCAAGCUUCCAUUCCCUGUUCUCUUCAUAGUGUUCAUAUGACUGCAGAAAUGCUGCUUCCUACUGGUGGAGAUGCAAAAGGGCUCUCCGGGAGUUCAACGCUACUGCAUACACCAGCAAAAAACCUCAUGAGAAAAAUCAUGUCAACGAGUAUGUCAAGCAAAGAGAUGAUGACUGAGAACAGUUAACUACAUCAGUAAACAGUCUAAAAUGUAAUGAUCUUUUCUUGAACUGUUCAUAAGAUUUAUGAGAAGAGUGAUGACAAGUUGCAGAGCUUCCAGUUAAUGAUCAUUGUGGAAAACUAAGAUGAGGAGACCUGUAAUUGCAAGUCACUCAAUGAUGUUGUUUUAGGUCAAACAACAAAUGUAUAUCUUAAAUAUUAAUAUUUCACUUACCUUUCCUGGUCA